AUGGCGCCCAGCGAAAUAUGAGUGCUGUGGAGAAAGAAGGAGCAGAGCGAGCCAGCCAAGAAAAACAGCGAUAAAAGGAGAAAUAACUAUCAAAAAACACACACAGCAUUUGAUUUCGUGCUUCUCGGAAGAGGAGCGCCACUUCAAGGGCGUAAAGGAGGGCUAGGGGGGCUGCUGAGACCUCGACCCAUUUAAGAGAGAGGGUUAAUUUAAUAAGAGAGCACUGGCUGCAGCGAUGAACAACUCCAUGGAUGGUACAGGCUCUUAUGAAGAGCUGGUGAGGCAGAAAGCCCGGAGCAUCCCUCAGCACCGCAUGAAGGAGUUCCUGGAGACGCUGGCCAGCAAAGGUCCAGAUGCCCUGCAGGAGUUCAGCCAGCAGAGUGGAGACGCCACCACCACCACUACCACCAUGGUUUACCAACAAGAGGCCAACUGCAUCUACACAGAUAGCACUGAGGUGGCAGGGUCACUGUUGGAGCUGGCAUGCCCGGUACAGGUGCAAGUCCAGCAGCAACAGCAAAUACAAGAGCCCACAUCUCAGCAGCAGACCGUGCAACAGAAUACAGAACAACAGAUAGUGCAGGUUCAGAUUCAGGGCCAGCACCAAGGUCAGAUGCUUGGCCAGGUUCUCCAAGUGCCUUCUGGCUCCCAUCAGCAACUGCAAGGAGUCACUACCGCACAGCUGAUUCAGCCUGGGGAGUUAACAGAGGAACAGCACCAGCAGCUACAAGCCCAGCUGGUGGCCGCUGUUGCAGGAGGACAGCAGAUCCAGAUCCAGACAGUAGGGGCCCUCUCCCCGACCCAGCAGCAGGAAGGUGUAGAGAGAAGACUCAUGGGGACCGCAGCUGCCACAUCCCAGGGAGUAGGCGUCCUCCAGCCAGCCAAAAAGCGGAAAGUCGACAUGCCCAUCACUGUGUCCUAUGCCCUACCUGGGCAACAGGUAGCCACUGUCUUGGCUAUCCCUCAGGGCCAGGGCCAGCAGCAAAGCUACGUGUCUCUACGGCCAGACCUCUUAACUGUGGACAGUUCCCACCUUUACAGCGCUACAGGUACUCUCACCAGUCCCACAGGGGAGACCUGGACCAUCCCUGUUUAUUCUGCACCUGCUGGGUCUGGAGGCCGUGAGCAGGUCACGCACAUUGCCAUACCCCAGGAGGCUUAUGGGACGGUGCAGGUCACGGGGGCAAACACUACAACAAUGACCACAAUGCCAACACAAGUUACUGUUGAACAUGACAAGCUGAAAAGCGCUGUUAGUCAAAGUCAGACAGUGCAGGCUGUUUCCAGCAUAACAAGCUCGGGAGGAAUGGGUGGCCAGGAAGAAGUCGUGCACACACUGGCUGCAAACACAUUGUUCCCUGCCCAGCUGAUGAAUGGAAACAUCCACAUCCCCGUGGCAGUACAGGGCUACUCCAACACUACGCAAUCCCUUAUUUGGGACCCACAGCAGCAGGUCCUGCACACACAGGGGCUGACAACCCAGGAGGCACAGCAGCUGCAGGUAAUAACGCAGGGUCAGACAGUGGUAGCAGAGGUAGAUGGUCAAGUCCAGCAGCAAGUGCAGGUUCAAGAACUUCUGCUCCCUGCCACUCUGAAGCCAGAAGAGGGGUUGGACGUGUGGCGGCUUUGGGCUCAGCGGAAAAAUGUAGAGUUGGACAAAUCGGACCAGAAUAAACUUGCCCCAAUAGGCCGACGACAGGCACUUCGUUUCCAGGAGGACUUGGUAUCAUGUGCAGUGGCUGAGCUUUGCAUGGGUCUGUCUAUGAUGACGACGCAGGCCCGAGGGCUGGAGGGGGAGUCAUAUGAGGCCGACGUUCUUUACUAUGUAUUUUUGUGCAUACAGAAAUAUCUGUUCGAUAACGGUCGUGUGGAUGACAUUUUCUCAGAUCAGUACUACACCCGUUUCACUCAGACUCUGCACCAAAUCGUGGAGCCAUGGAGACCAUCUGUUCAUCCAUUAGGUUAUGUUAUCCCCAGUCAUGUGACGGAGGAAAUGCUGUGGGAAUGUAAACAGCUGGGAGCUCAUUCUCCCUCAACACUGCUCACAACGCUCAUGUUCUUCAACACAAAAUAUUUCAGCCUGAGAACAGUGGAAAUGCAUCUAAAAGUGGCCUUUUCAAAGGUGUUAAGACACACCAGGAAGAGUCCCAGCAACCCCAAAGAUAAAAGCACCAGUAUCAGAUACCUUAAGUCAACAGAGAGGUUCAUAGGGCAGAAAGUUACAGAUGACAUGUAUGCAGAACAGCUGGAAGACCCAGAGAACCCACUGAGGUGUCCCAUCAAGCUUUAUGAUUUCUACCUCUUCAAAUGCCCGCAGAGUGCUAAAGGUCGCAAUGACACCUUCUACCUGACUCCUGAGCCUGUGGUGGCUCCGAACAGCCCCAUCUGGUACUCAACUCAGCCAAUCCCAAAAGAGCAGCUGGAGCAGAUGCUGUCCCGCAUCCUCAUCGUUCGCGAAAUCCAGGAAGCCAUUAAUAUGUCAGAGAGUGUACAUUAGUUGGACCGGAAGAGGAUUAAAAGAAAAAAAUGGACCAGACUCUUCCUCUUCUUCACUUGGCCUUUGAUUGCUGAUUAUGACUCCUUUUCUGUUCUCACCCCUAACCUGUUGUGUUUAGGGGUGGCAUGUAUAUGUUUGUAAUCACUGUGUGUCGUCUUACACACGCUCUCACGGACUGUACAUACGCAUACAACUAAUAUAGAACUUGAUUUGUCUCACUGAGACAAUCCCCAUCUUUUGUGCUUUUCUUUUUGUUUUGGCCAAAGGAUGUAGUGUCUAAUCUUUUUUUAUUAUCAGACCUGAACUCUAAUUUAAAUGUUAUUUUAACUGGUUGUCCUCAGCAGUAGUCUGAAAUAAUUGUUGAAUUUUGUCAUUUUAAGCUGUAAUAUAUUUUCUUGGGGGGUCAGCCUGGGCUAUGCUGCUUUCCUGUCUUUGUUUUUCCCGUCAUCUGCCUUGGUCACUGUAAAUGGUCACGAUGAAUUCCUCAGUGGUAUUAAAACUGCAGCAAGUAGCCAAACUUGGGCUACAUUUUAUUUUUAGUGGCAAGUUCUCUUUUUCUAGACGUUUCAUUUUUGUCUGCAUUGAGCCAAUUCAUCAUUUGGACACUUUGGAAUCUGGAGACAAUUGUUGGAGCUCAGCAGUGUCAUUUCGCAUCACAUCAGGAUGUAAAUGACUUAAUACCUUGGACUACAUGGAAACACGCUGUCACCACUCAACCGGCAGCUCGUAGCGCACGCUAGAGAUGAGACUGAGGGUGGAAUGUGCUGACCUCUGCUGGAUUCUCUUCUCCCUCUCUCAGGACAUCAAGAAGUCAGACUUAACCUGGAGAGGGAUCUGUUGUAUCAUAUAUACAUGUACAUGUGUGUGUGUGUUUGUUUGUUUGUUUAUAUAUAUAUAUAUAUAUAUAUAUAUAUAUAUAUAUUACACAUGCAUACAUACAUAAAAUCCACUGUACUACACGACAAAUGAGUCUAAAAAGUGGGUUAGCCCAUAAUGUUCUAUAAUGUAUAAUAGUCAUAAUCUCUCAAAGUACUAUACUGGGUUUUAGUCAUCUAAGGAGUGCCUGUGUUUUUGAAAUAUGACUUUCUUUUCUUUCUUUUUUUUGUACAGCCACUAUACCAUGUGUCUGCCUUUCUGGUGUCAAUUCUGCACAUGCAUCUUGAAGUACUGAUAGUGUGCAUUGAGCUAUAUAAAAACAUGCACAGUGAUUAUUUUAUUUUCAUUUUUUUUUUAGAAAAAAAUCUUAAUAAAAGUCUUCUCAGAACAGCA